AUGGGUGGAAAAAAAAUCGAAAUCAACAUUGCUGUAACAGGUCAAUCAGGCUCCGCCACAUCGUCGUUUAUCAACUGUAUCAGAGGGUUAAUGGCUGACGAUCCUGGGGCAGCUGCUGUUGACGCGGUUGAAACGACUAUGAAACCCACAGCUUACCCACACCCUGACAAUCCAAAUCUUCAGGUUUGGGAUUUGCCUGGAGUAGGAACGUCAACCUUCACAAAGGAGAACUACCUGCAGAAAGUCAAUUUAAAUAGGUUUGACUUUGUUUUGCUCCUGUCGUUUUCGCGAUUUACGGAAAAUGACGUUUGGCUAGCAAACGAAAUUCGUAGGUUAAAGCCAAAAUAUAACUUGUUUUUUAUACGAACAAAGAUCGACGAUGAUGUCCGCUCCGCACAAAGGUCACGCCGCAAACCUCAGACCUCCGAAGGUCGGCAAGAAUUGCUAAAGAAAGUCAGAGCAAUAUAA